UGUCACAACAUCGCGCGGUUGUUGUUGAUUUCUGUUGAGUUUUCAAAGUUUCCAAACUAAAUUUGAUUUUUAAUGUAAUUUUUCCUCGUGAAACCAGUGAAACAUGGAACCUACGAGCCAUUGCCGCAUCUGUCACCGCCCGGAGGACGCUUCGAUGCCACUACGCUCAAUUUACAGCUCGGAUGAGUCGGAGGAAAUCGUCAAAAUGAUGGAGGAGUUGAACGGCGGUCAGCUUAUCGUUGACGAGCUUCGCUCGUCGGAAAUCUGCGCGACGUGCCUGCAAAAGGUCCACAUCGGUUACGCCAUCCAGCGGCAGAUUCGCGAAGCGGAGGCCACCCCAGCAACGAGCUCAACGGAAUUAGUUCUACCCUCGGGGACGGUUGUCAAGGUGGAGGACGUGUUCAUCGAGGAAGAGGAGGAGGACGAUGGUUACGAGUACGAAUUCUUGGAAGAUGAGUAUUUGGAGGAGGACCAGCCGGUUCAGCGGGUCGUUCGCGGGAGGUUCUUUGUAAUGCCGAAGGAGGAGGUGGUUCGGGGCGUGGUAGAGCAUGUGGAAGGGUAUCGGGAGGUGCAGAUCGAGGGCGAUCGGUGCUGCGGGUGCAGCUUUGUGGGGGUGAAUAGGAAGGAGCUGUUGCAACAUUCGGACAAGGCGCACGUGAUUGAUAGCGUUGGGAGUGGGAAUUAUUGUCCGAUUUGUUUUGGGAAGUUUUCGCGGGAAGAGACACUGACGAGACACAUUGACGAGUGCCGGUCGAGGAGUAUUUUCGUGUGUGGGAGAUGCAAUCGGUACUUUAAUCGGCGGGGGAAGAUUGAGCGGCACUUGGUGGGUUGUAAGGCGCAGGAAGUUGUUGUUCCGGGGGAGGGAGCUGAGGAGAGUGAUACGAUGGAGAUUGAGUUUGAGACGGGGAGCGAGUGGGAAGAGGAGGAGGAGUUCAAGCAGGUGGAGGAAAAAUUACGAAGGAAAGUCGCUCCGAAAUUGCGAAAUGUGGUUGAUGUGAGAUUCAGCGAAGGACUUCGAAUCGACAACUUGCAAGAGUCGCAGAUUGUGACAAGGGUCACGUUCCAGACGUUUCAGUACGUGAAGUUGCACGGAGAGCGUUGCUGUGGCUGUGAUUUCUUCUGUGAGAAGCGGGAGGAGCUCUUUCGGCAUGCUCGAGAAGUUCACGAAUCAGUGGAAGGGUUGGAAAGUUUGUUGAAAUGUUCGAUUUGCUGCGUUGAGUUUGAAGAUAAUCGCAAGCUGCAGCAGCACAUCAAUUUCAACACGAGCAAAGAGUUGCUGAUUUGCACGAUCUGCGACGAGGCAUUCUCUGGGACGGGACAUUUGCUGUAUCACCAGGAGAUGAGCUUGUCCCACAAGGAUCUCUGCGUAGCACAGAAAGCUCAAAUUCUUGAACUGAAAGACAAAUCGGUUCGAGAAGAGUUGGUUCGUCUUUCAUCCAAUGAUAAGGAUCCAACUCGGCAUCGGAAUAACAACCGAUCCAUCACGCGGCACCGUCAUCUGUCCCUACCUGAGCCGUGCUUCAUAACGGACAUCGACGACUUCCUGAACUACCAAAUCAUAACGGUCAGCGGCGAACGCUGCUGCGGCUGCGGCCAAUUCUUCCAGACCUUCAAGGAACUCGUCGAGCACGGUCGUCGCGAGCACUUACUUGAGCAUCCGGAAGCCACCGGAGGUUACCAGUGCGACAUCUGCUUCUCCCGAUUCAUGUACGAUCGCGGUCUCAUCCUGCACCAGUCGACGCGGCGUUCCCUCGACAAAAUGUACCACUGCACAAUUUGCAAUCUGGUCUUUUCAAAGCAGUACAGCAUCACCAAGCAUCUCCAAUCCGCUCCAAAUCACAAUCUAGAACAGACCCCAAAACCAAAUCCAAAUCAGUUCCACUGUUGCUUCCCCAAAUGCGCUCCAACCUUCCCCUCGGAAGACCUCCUCCUCGAACACUGCAUCGCCGAACACGCCGGAAAACGGCGCGAAAACGAAUCCGAACGCACCAACGAGGCCAACGUCUGCGUCGGCUGCCUCAAAUCCUUCGAAAACACCACCACCCUUGUCUGGCACCGAACGAUGCGCUUCACCAAGCGCUACACCUGUCGCUUCUGCCCCCUUGAGUUCACCCGCUGGCCAGCAUUCCGCGACCACGAAAACCAAGUCCACCUCGGCAAAUCAAUCCACUUCCCCUGUGAAACCUGCGGAAAGCUGUUCCGCACCGCCCACUCGCUCAAAGCGCACGCCCUCAUCCACUCCGAGGCGCGCUCGGAGGUCUGCGACGAGUGUGGCGCGGCCUUCCGGAACAAGGGCGUCCUCAAGCGGCACAAGCGGGCCGUCCACGCGGCCGAGUUCCGGUUCGAUUGUGGGGAUUGUGGGAAAAAGUUCCCCACCCGAGAGCAGAUGCAGGCGCACAGUCGGGUUCACACCGGGGUUAAACCGUAUCCGUGCAGAUUCUGCGAGAGGGCGUUCAAGCACUUUACCGACCGGAAGCGGCACGAAAUGUCGACGCACACGGGCGAGAGGCCGUACAAGUGUGCGCACUGCUCGGCGGCGUACAUCAGGAACAGGGAGUUGGUCAUUCAUCUGCAGAAGCAUAAUGGGGAAGGGAAGGAAGGGGACGGUGAGGUUCAAUAAAAUCUGUAUCUUUUUA